AUGCAACAUUUAAAAGUCUUCAAAACUAGUAAUGAUUUAAAACUACAUACUAUUCGCCACUCAGAUUUGCGUCCGUAUCAUUGCGUCCAAUGCGAUAGAAAAUUUAAAACUAUUAGCGAUUUAAAAGAACAUAAUUUUACUCAUACAGAUCAGCGACCAUAUCAUUGCGGCCAAUGCGAUAAAAAAUAUAAAAGACCUAGAGAUUUAAAAAUUCAUUCUUUUAGUCACAUAAAAGAGCGUCCAUAUUGCGACAAUUGCAAUGCAAGUUGUGAUCAAUUAAGACAACUUUCUUCAGAUGGAAAAGACGAACUUCCAUUAAUAUGUUCUAGUAAAUUGAUUUAAAUAUAAUUUCCGGG